CGACCACCACCACACCCGCCCCUCCUCAGCCAGCUCCUUCCUCCCUUCCGCCCGUCCGGCCACGAGCGCGCCGCAGCAUGGCGCCGCCGCCGCCGUCGCCGCUGCUCGCCGUGCUGCUCACCGUCGAGUCGUACCGCGGCGCCACGCUCGUCUUCCGCUGGCCGCCGGCGCCGUCGCUCUUCAAGCGCCAUUCGCGAGUCACCUACUGGCGCGGCGGCGGCGGCGGCGGCGAUGCAGCGUCGAACGCAGCGAACGGCGCUCGCGGCGGAAGAAGCCGUGCGACGUCUGGCGGCGCCGCUGGGCCGCACGCCGCUGCGCCCGCGUCGGCGUGGGACAUGGCGCGCGACCGCGCUAUGCGCGAGGAGCAGGGCGGCAGCGCGACGGACACGAGCGCCAGCGACGACGCCUUCAGCGGCGCUUCGGACCUCGACGUCGACUUUGACGCCGAUGACGGCGACGCCGACACGGAUGCGCGCAGCGCCACCGACGACGGCACCGGCGCCGGCGACGAUGACGCCAGCGUCUCGUCGGACCUCGGCCCUGUGCCGCCGCCCUCAUCGUUCCGCAGCCGUCUGGGCUCCUCGUCUCUGCUGGCCGGGCCUGGCUCGGGAGGCGGCCGCUCGCGCUCGCGUCCGGCGCCGCUGCGCGACCCCACCGCUGUGCCGCCUUCCACCGACCGAGCGGCUGCGUCGGCAUCUCGCACGCGGCGGGCGCGGCGUGCCUACGACAGCUAUCUGGGCUACGAAGAGACCUUCCUGGCGCAGCUCCUCUCGCCGCGUCCCGACGGCUGCCAUCGCAAGUUCGAGCUAGUUGUGGACGACAUUGCCUUCGUCGGGCAUCCCGUGUGCGUUGGCGCAGACGGCCGCUGGGACACCGCGCCGCAGGGCGACGGACCUGUCGCCGAUGAGCCGUCCGGGCCCCGCGGUCGCGCCGGCGCUCCGCGCUCUGCCGCUUCGCGUGCUUCGUCCCCAGCAGGUCUGGGCAGGAUGAGCGCCGCGGCGCAAGCUGGUCUAGCUGCCGGCGGUAGCAGCAGUGCAAGCAGCAGCAGUAGCAACAGCCGCGGCGUGUCCGCCUUUCACCUCGUGCUCGUCCUCGACCGACCCGACCCGACGGCGGGCACGCCGCAGCUGGACAUCAGCGCCUGGUGCCGCCUGUACCACGAUGCGGUGGCGUUCAAGCUCACUGCGGCACUGUGGGAGGAGGAGCGUCGCGACUCGUACGUCAGUCGUGAAAGCGCGCGAUUGGCCGCACUCAAGGAGACGGCGCGGGAUCGAGGGGACACGUUUAAGUCCUAUCUGGCCACUUCUCUGCGGACCUCGUCUCUCGCGCGCCUGAUGCGUGCGCUGCAGACGUCUCUCGCACAAGGCGCCAACGCCUUCGUCUCGGUCAACGACAACAUCGAUGCACACCUGCAGCUGCCGCCGAUUCUGCGCGAUCCCGCACGCCUGAGCCGCAUGCGCGAGGUGGAGACGUGCCUCGACUUCAACGAUCCGCUCCUCGCUCCCGGCGCGGGCGGCCGCUGGGCCGGCAGCAGCGACCCAUGGGAAGAGGCCACCCGCACGACGGGUCCGAUGCUCUUGCCGUGGAAGACUCUGCUCGUCUUCGGGCGCGGCCAUGACCGACGGCAACUCGGCAGCAGCAGCCACAGCAGCGACGAAGAUGACCCGGAGGACGACGAGGACGACAGUGAUGGUGCUCGCGAAGGCGGGAUCGAGGUCUGGGCGCGGCGCUUCACCAAUCUGCUCAAGCCGACGCUCUCGGGCAUUCCCACCUUUGCUGAGCUCGCCGACCUGCUGGGGUGGGACCUGCACGACGACGUGUACCCGAUGGUGCGGCAUCUCAUCUACUACCGCGAGGCGCGCGUCGUCGACGUGCCCCGCGUCCACAGCACCUACGCCGUCUCGCCUCUCUUCGAUCUUGGAGAUCUGCGCUUCUUGGCACAUGGCUGGCACCGCUCCUUUCCCACGCUUCCGUCGCUGCCAGUGUUUCUUGCCAUGCUCUCAGCCUCGCUGCGGCCGUUCGCAGUACACUUCAGCCGUGCUGAGCGCCAGACGGCGCUCGAUGCGCUAGUCUGGCUGCUGCGACACGAUGUCGUGGUGCAGAUGCAUGUGCGCUUGCGCCUCAUCGCCACCGAGGCGGUGAAGCGGACCGCUGCGCGCAAACGUGCAGAAGAGCGUGCGGCACGGCGCGAGCGUCGCAUACUGGCUGAGCAGCGUCGCAUCAAGCGAGACCAAAGACGUGCAGCAGCAGUCAGAGAGGCAGCGAAUGCUCGCGCCGCAGCGGAGAAUCGCGGAGCGGGCCCUGGCCUGACUGCCAGCGAAGGCACGGUGCCUCGAGGUCGCAGUCGCGAACGCGAGGCGACGAUCAUGGCAGCGCCUCAACAGCCCAGACUGGUCGAAACGAGGGACAAGUCACGAACAUCUUCCUUCGCCGGCUCAAGCAAUGCGCACUCGCCGUCGACGCGUGUGACGGGCACCAAUGUGACGUCGCGGUCGUCCGAGCUGCAUUUCGAACGGCGCAAGGUGCUGCGCUCCCGCUCGCCUUCGAUGCUCUUCUCGCGACAGACGCUCGGCGCAGGAAGCCUCACCGCUGCACCAUCCUCUCUGUCAAGGCCAGGCACGCCACGCGGCCGCGCGGCCAGCUUGCGCGAGGAUGUGGGGCCGGACGUUCUGGACAGCUCGGCGCCGGGUAGUCACGCUGGCAACGGCUUCGCUGCAGCCCAAGGCGCCGGGUCCAGCCGCCGGCGCUUGUCACGCUCCCCGAGCCGCGCGCGCAUGAGAGUGACUGGCUUCGGCGACACGGAGGAGGUCCAUGUCGAAGACAACGUGGAUUCUCAGCCUGUCGAGUCGAGGCAGACCUCCCGGCCGCAACACUUCGGCACCGCCGAUGCCGCUGCGACUCUCCUCUCGCGACCGCGCACUGCCGCUGCACCCGGCUCCGCCGAAGCACCAUCGCUCGGGAGCGGAAGCGGCGGCGACAGCCUACUCGGCAGCGGCAGCGGCGGUGGCGGAAGCGGCGGAGCGCGGCGCAGCCAGCUGGGCACGGAGAACCUCUCGGACGAUCCGCGACGCCUCAGCCUCGUCGGAGAGGACGGCGAGGAGGACGUGCGCGUCGAGCAUCCAGUGGCAGUCUCUGUGGAUCUCACCGACGACCUGCUUGCCGACUCUGUGCUGUCCGACGACUCGCGCUCGUCGCGAGCCAUCGACCAGGACGCAGACGACGCCGAGCGCGAAGAGGCCGACUCGGAGAUCAACGAGUGGGAGUGGGACCCCGUCGCCAGCAUCAUCGCCGAGCCGUCGCGCGCGAGCGGUGAGGAGAACGAGUGGAUCACCGCGAUGGUGGAGGGUCACGAGCCGUGGCUCGUCAAUCGUCUGUUCUCGCUGCUGCCUUACCUCAACGGCCGGCACACCAUCGACGAGAUCGUCUACCGCGAGGAGAUGCGGCGCCGCGAGCUGCGGGCGCUGCUCGGCGCGUUCAAGGACGACGUGCUCACAUUUGUACAUCCCUGAACCCGCAAUGUGACGCGAUGGCGACGCGCGCUCUGCUCCGCAUGCGCCCACGCUGUUGAGCGGGCUCCUUGCGCUUGCAGCAUGCUCGCAGCAUGCCAGACACGGGCCGAGGCCUUGCGCACAUUUGUCAUUGUUGUGCGCGUGUCCCACGCCAGCCGCAGCUCUACAGACGUUCGCGACAGCGCUCCUACUCGGAUGUCUGGACGUCCUCCUUCGGCUGCUGCUCGAAACGCCGUCUCCUCUCAUCCC